CAAUCGAGCAUCAACCAUGGCUGCUGCUGUUGCUGCUGGUACCGCCCAACAGGGCUCUGGAAAGCUUGACGAUUUCAAGAUCAGCGGUGAAGCGCCAUACUACGCAGAAGAACGAGAGGGAUGGAAGGGCUACAUUGAGUGGGAGGCAUCAGAAGAAAUUCUUCGCAAGUACAAGUUCCCUCCUCCGCCAGAGUUCCAGCUCAAGCCUCUGCCUGAGACCAACCCUGUGUUGGAGGGUGUGCGAUGGAAGCAAUAUCACUAUGCUAUGGGCGAAACUCUGAAGGAUAUUCCAGACAUCAGUUGGGAGUAUGUCAAGAAGGAGAAGAGCGAGGACAUGAUCCACGUUCUGCAAUUCCCCUACAACGGAGAACCUCCCAGGGACCGUCUGGUGGAAACUGAGAUUACCGACAACAAAGACCACUUCGUCCGCAACCACGGUGGUAUUCCCGAAAUCGACCCUGAGCAAUAUACUCUAGAUAUCGAAGGCUUGGUCAACGACCCCAAAAGACUCACCCUCGCAGAUCUGCAGAACGAAGAAUUAUUCCCGCGUCAAAGUAACGUUGUCAGUCUGCAAUGUUCGGGAACCCGCCGUAUUGAGCAAAUCCACGAAUACCCUGGUGAUGGCGAUGAAUUGAUCAAUGCGCCUUGGGGUGAAGGUGCUAUUGGUACAGCACGAUGGACGGGCGUCAGUCUGAAGAAGGUUAUCAAGUACUGUGGUGGUCUCAAGGAUGGCGGCGAAGGCAUGCAUCUUGAGUUCUACGGCGCAGAUACCUACUUCAAGAAGGGCAAGGUGUACAACUACGUGGUCAGUGUGCCUUGGAGAAAGGUCAAGAUCAACGAGGUCUUGCUAGCAUGGGAGAUGAAUGGCGAGCCCUUGCCGAAGAUCCACGGAUUCCCUCUGCGCACUGUCGUAUUCGGNAUAAGCUGCAAGUGGCUCUACAAGAUCAAGGCCAUCAAGGGCCCUAGUCUCGCACCCGUCCAAGCAAAGGAAUACCUCUACUACACACCCCAAGUCGGCAAGCAAAACGCAAUGUACAGCAACGGCUUCAGCAUCCAAGACAUGCCCGUCUCCUCAGCUAUCAUGUCGCCAGUCAAUAUGGCACAGAUCGUGCACGACGGCAAGAUCAAGAUGCGUGGCUGGGCAUACUCGGGCGGUGGCCACUGGCCCGUCAGAGUCGAGGUCUCUGGCGAUGGCGGCAGCAUCUGGUACGAAGUUCCCUACGAAAACAUGAGUAAGAAGUAUUACUAUGCAUGGAGACUCUGGGAGAUUGAUCUUCCUGUCGAUGCCGAGGGCUGGUUGGAGCUGUGUGUAAGGACGUGGGAUAAUGCCAUGAACACCCAACCCACUUAUGUUCGAUCGGCCUGGAACUGGGACUUGCACGUCACUUCGAGUUGUCAUCGUGUCAAGGUUUACAGCAUCAACAAGAGCAAGCCUCUCACCGCUGCUAGACUGAAGCUGCUGGAGGAAAAGAAUGUCCCCAUUGUACCCAUAACUCACCCUAUGGAGUUCGAUCUCCAGACUGAGGAGGACUACCAGGAGGAGAUGAGAAAGCAGGGUGGCCGCGAUCCCGAGGAG